UGGACGGCGGACUUGCGAUGAGCAACCCGACCGCUGCGGCCAUCACUCACGUGCUUCAUAACAAAGAAGAGUUCCCUCUGGUGAGAGGAUUGGAGGACAUUCUGGUACUUUCAUUGGGGACGGGUCAACUUCUAGAAGGCUGCAGUUUACCAUACGAGCAAGUGAAGGAAUGGAAGGGCAAUGAGUGGGCCCGAAUCUCCGGCGAUUGCUCGGCGGAUUUAGUUGACCACGCCGUAGCCAUGGCGUUCGGACAGUCCCGGAGCUCCAAUUACGUCCGCAUUCAGGCGAAUGGAUCUAGUGUUGGUGGCGGGGUGUGCUUAGACACGGACCCUGGUCCGAACAAUGUGAGGAAGCUGGUUCGGAUUGCAGAUGAAAUGCUUGUACAGAAAAAUGUAGAAUCUGUGCUGUUUGGGGGAAAGAGGAUGGGAGAAAGCAAUUCCCAGAAACUUGAUUGGCUUGCCGGUGAACUUGUGGAAGAGCAGCAAAGGAGGAGGAUUAGCGGAUUAUCCCCCAUUGUUUCCAUCAAGAAAGCUGCUCCUCCAACAAACAGCAACAGCUCUUGAAUAUUAUCAAAUAUUGAAACGAAGAAAGGAAUGGCAGGUGAGAAAAGGUAAAUCUGAAGCAGGAAGAGUGGUAAACCUGCAGCUUUAACUUUUGCUAGAGUGAGAUUUGAAAAGGACAUGCAACUGUAAAAAUUAUCUUGUUGGGCUUUCUUGUCUGCCUAAUGGAGUGGCAUUUGAACCAUUUUGUGGACAAAACCACUUUGGAAAGUCAAAGUAAAGUGAUACCUAUUGUAAUCCUUAGGUAUUAGGGGAAUUAUGUCUCUAAAAUCUGUUUUCCCACCCUCUUUUUUUUUACUAUUGAAUGUGGUCAUGAGUAGGGCUGUUUAAUCAAGUUGGACGGAGUCUGAGAAUUCAAGGCACGAAAGUCUACCUAGAAUUAUAAAUUAAUGUUCAACAAACUAAUUUCCAUAUUGUCAUUCCACUCAUAUAAUAUAGACCCACUCAAUGACGCCGAAAGGACCGUCUGCACUCGAGGAUCCACAAAUUUUCUAAAGGGCACUGCCUGGAAUCCCCUGGAUGGAAUGGAAUGGAAUGGAAUGGAUUGGAUCGGGUCGACUGUUUUAUUAGUCUAUUCUGUUAUUAUUUUUAAACGGAAAUAGCUUAUUCAAUGUUGGUUUUAAGCAAUGUAGACUUUUUUUUUUAAUGUCGGGGAACAUUUUAUUAAUAGAAAAGGAGAGUACAAACGCUAAAAAUGAAUCCAUUAACAAUGUAGACUUAUAAGUCUAGUUUUGAAUCCAUUAACAUGAUUCUAAACAUUGUUUUUCUGAAAGGACAUGAUUCAG